ACUUAUAAUUCUCUCAUCCAUUCCUACUCUCCUGAUAACAUUUUUAAUAUCUCUUGAGACUUGAGUCCCAUGUAAAAGAGAAGCAUUUGAAAAACCAAACUGAUCAAUGUUAUCCAGAAUCACUAUUCUCCUCUGCUUCCAAGUUUUCCUCUCCACCACUCUGCACUUCCAAACCUCACAAUCCCAACAACAACCAUGGCACAAAAUGGGCUACUGGUACAGCGGCAGCGGCCUCCCCAUCUCCGACCUCAACUCCGCUCUCUACACCCACCUCAUAUGCGCCUUCGCCGACAUCAACACCACCUCCUUCGAAAUCUCCAUCUCUGAAUCAAACUCACAACCCUUCUCCACCUUCACAACCACCGUCCAACUCAAAAACCCCUCCAUCACCACCCUCCUCUCCACCGGCGGCGACACCAACAGCGCCUCCAUCAAAGCCAUGAUCAGCAACUCUUCCUCCAGAAAGCCCUUCAUCGAUUCCUCAAUCCGCCUCGCCAGACAGUACGGUUUCCAAGGCCUUGAUAUUUCCUGGUCCACCAUCGAAACACCAACUGAUUCAGAAAAUCUGGGUCAGCUUUUUGAAGAAUGGAGAACCGCUGCAAAAACAGAGGUGGAAGAUUCAACAAACAAAACGCUUCCAGAAUUGAUUUUAACUGCAGCGGUUCUAGGCUCACCUUAUUUGGAAACUGGGACUUAUCCAAUGGAGUCUAUUAGAACGAACCUGAACUGGGUUCAUGUGAAUGCUUAUGAUUAUCACACACCUCUGGGACAGAACCUCACUGGGGCACCUUCAGCUUUGUAUGACCCUGAAAGCGAUUUUGACACAGAUUUUAACAUCAAGUCAUGGAUUGGGAAUGGGGUUGCAGCUAGCAAAUUGGUUUUGGGUUUACCUUUUUAUGGGUAUGUUUGGAAGCUGAAAAAUUCUAGUGACAGGGGAAUUGGUGCAGCUGCAACUGGUCCUGUAGAUGAUGAUGGUGGAGCUAGAAGCUAUAGGGAUAUCAAAAGUGAUAUUCAGCAGAAUGGGGGUGUGGUGUUGUAUAAUGAUACUUAUGUGACGAAUUAUUGCUCGUUUGGAUCGAGUUGGAUUGGGUUUGAUGAUGUUGAGGUUGUGCAGAAGAAGGUGAAGUAUGCUAGGGAAAAUCAGCUGCUGGGUUACUAUGUGUGGCAUGUUUCCAAUGAUGAUAAUAAGUGGACACUAACUACUGCAGCUGCAGCUGAACAGGUGGGAAGCGAAAAAAGCAACUUGUGGUGGAAAAUAUUGGUGAUAAUUUUUAGUAUAGUAGCUGCAGUUAUUUUCAUUAUAGGUGUCACAAUCUACCUCCGAAGGAAAAGAAAAUUCAAAUCAACCGGGAUGUUUGAUGGUGUCAAGUAUUCUCAGUCUGGAGGGAACAAAAAAGGUGAUGGACCUUUUCAUGGUGAUGCACCCAAUUUACAUGUCUAUGGGUUUUCUGUCAUUGAAGAAGCUACAAAUAAUUUUUCAUAUGAAAACAAGCUUGGAGAGGGUGGUUAUGGUCCUGUUUACAAGGGCAUCCUACCUGAUGGUCUGGAAAUAGCUGUUAAAAAACUAUCAAAAGCUUCUACGCAAGGAUUUGAGGAAUUCCAAAAUGAGGUCACGCUAACUGCAAGGCUACAGCAUGUGAAUCUUGUUCGGUUAUUGGGUUUCUGCAUUGAAAAAGAGGAGCAUAUGCUGGUAUAUGAGUACAUGGCAAAUAAAAGCUUGGACUUCUACCUCUUUGAUCCUGUUAGGCGACAUAUGUUAGAUUGGGAUAAGCGUGUUGGCAUCAUUGAAGGAGUUAUUCAAGGUCUUCUAUAUCUUCAAGAGUACUCUAGAUUCACCAUAAUUCAUAGGGACUUAAAAGCUAGCAACAUUUUAUUAGACCCUGAGAUGAAGCCAAAGAUAUCAGACUUUGGGAUGGCAAGAAUAUUCGCAAAAGAUGAAGAAGAAGCAAACACUAGGAAGAUUGUGGGAACAUAUGGUUAUGCUCCUCCUGAAUAUAUUAAGAGAGGUAUAUACUCCACUAAAUCUGAUGUUUAUAGUUUUGGAGUCCUACUUCUACAAAUUAUAAGUGGCAAGAAGACAUCUCGCUAUUAUGGAGAGAAUGAAGAUGUAAAGCUCUUAGAAUAUGCUUAUGAGUUAUGGAAAGAAGGAAAAGGCAUGGAGUUUGUGGAUCCUUCACUUGAUGAUGCAUCUUCAACUUGCAAACUAAUGAGAUGCAUGCAAAUUGCUCUGUUAUGCGUCCAAGAAAGAGCAAAUGAUAGACCUUCCAUGCUGGAAGUUACUUCGAUGCUGAGAAAUGAAAAUAACUCUCUAGCAUUCCCCCAAAUGCCUGCAUUUUCAAAUGUGAAAGUGAAAGAUGAGAAAGAAGUAAAUGAGUGUCAACCCCUAGAAAUUAUUUCAGUCGAUGAUACAACCAUCACUGAAAUGGUCAUGGGAAGAUAGCAGUGUUGGAUUCAGAUGUAAAUUUCCCUUUUUUGCACUAAUGGAAACUGUUUUUUCUUAUGAAGGUAAAUAUCUCUUAUUAAGCAA